UUGCCGAUCACCCCUGUUAGUGUAAACCCUAUUGUCGGCAUUUUUCGCGUCGUAAGCUCGAUCCUUGCCGCUCAUCACAAGCAGGCCGUACAGUACAUAAGCACUUGGAGAAGUUCCUGGCAUCUCUACGUGGGCUAGACCUCUUGAUACAAACAGCCAUGUAUCUGCCGACUACUUCCCUCGCACGCUUGUCUCUCUUUGCCCUAUCGGCGACAGCUCUUCCCAACGCCGUAAACCAUGCGACUCCUCCCAUCUCCAUUCAGAUGGCCCAGUCGAUCAUCUCCCGGAACCAGGGUAUCCUGACCAGCCAAACUGACUCCUCUGCCCUAUUGCAGGCUGGAUUUACCCAGAAAACAUUCCGACAAAUCCUUUCCACCUAUACAAACAAUUCCCUGGCCUCGACGCUCAACGCUUACAUUGUUAAGAGCGUCAACUCUGUGGUUCCAGUCGUCUCUAACGCAACGCGCGACACGGCAUACCCAUUGGACCGUCUGAGCAGCGGAAACGGCUUAUUGCGAUCAUGGCAGGAAAUGGGUGAUGAGAAGUACAAGAGAGCCUUCGAAGCAUUGAGGAAGAGUGUCGAUUUACAACCUAGAAAUGACCAAGGCGGGCUAUGGUAUUACGUCUAUCCGUACUGGAGUUACCUGGACGGCAUGUUCAGUCUGACACCAUUCCUUGCCGCAUACACAAACGAUGCUGGGCACUCGUCCAUGACUGAACAAACGUUAGAAGACAUGAUCUUCCAACUUGAUCUUCUAUGGCAGCACUGCUACUCGCAAGAAACCGGUCUACUAGUUCACGGCUACGAUGCUCGUCGCACAGCAGUCUGGGCCAACAGCGCUACAGGGGCCAGUCCACACGUGUGGGGACGCAGUCUGGGGUGGUAUUGUAUGGCACUCAUCGAUACACUUGAACUGCUCCCCGCGAAUGCGAGUCACGCACGCCAGUACAUUGAAUCUCGGUUCCAACAACUCAUGCCUGCUGUCGUGGCAGCCGCAGAUGGAAAGACUGGGGCGUGGUGGCAAGUAAUGGACCGACCUGGCGAACAAGGCAAUUACUUGGAGAGUAGUGCGAGCAGUAUGUUCGUGUACGCUCUGCUCAAGGGGGUAAGAUUGGGAGCUCUAUCCACGGAUGCAGCAUGGAAUGCCACUGCUUCGUACAGCGGCGGCCAAAAUGCGUAUGUGGAUGUUGCAAAGAAAGCGUAUAAAUAUAUCGCCGAUACAUUUGUCGUACAUAACGGCAACGGUACGCUAGGGUGGAACGGCACGGUCGGGGUAUGCAGUCUGAACUCGACGGCUAGUUAUGAGGUGAGUGACGGUAGGGUGCAGCAGACUUUGGCAAUGCUAACGAGACGUGACAGUAUUAUGUGGGGCAGCCGAUUGUCUACAACAGUCCAUUGGGAUCGCUGGCUUUUGUCAGGGCAAGUUUGGAGGUUGAAAGAUUGGCUCUCUAAAGCUGCUGGUCAGGUCAGAGGUGGGCGGAGAUGUUUUGAUGUCUUGGCGUUUACCAAGGCGGCCGUCUGCAGUCAGAAAAAGCAGACAUAGGAGGCUAAAAUAAACCAUGAGAUAAUCUCACUGUAAAAUCUCCGCAACAAGCGCACUGGGUGGUACGAUAGUCUCCAAGCAUUCGGCGGCGGGCAAAUACAAAACCUGUUGUUGCCGUUUUCCUUGCAUUGUAUGGUCAAGGAUGUGUGUUGACCAAGAUCGCGGGGUUAGAUCACAAGCCGCGGAGCAUAUCAUCGCACUUUCUUGCGCGCAUCUUCGAUGUAGUCGUAAUGCCAGUAAUGCCAGCACAACUGCAGCAUGGGUUUGUUGAUCGAAUCGUGGGUCAAGGUGGUGCACUGUUCUGUAGGCGAGCCUGUCUUCCAUGGAUGUUCCCGCGGGAUAGCCCAACGUGACUGGGCUGCGAGAUAGCAAGCGUGGAAUGUCUCAGCCGCCAUUGUAAACAAGAGGCUGGAAGGACUCGGAC